AUGGAAUUGUUGCUAGAGUUGGAUAUUGAUUUCUCAUUUUCUUGUCGCGUUCACGGUUUUGCUUUCUGUCUUCUUUCAUGUCUUUUAUCGACACUGACUUCUUACAGUGUAAGAACUAACAAAGAAAUAAUGUUAUUCCUCCUACUCUCACUCCUUCUCUCUCGACUUGUCAUUCUCUUCUCCCCCACUCCCUCUCCUUGUCAUCCUCUUCUCCCCCACUCCUUCUCCUUGUCAUCCUCUUCUCCCCCUCCUUCUCCUUGUCAUCCUCUUCUCCCCCACUCCUUCUCCUCCUCUUCUCCCUCACUCCUUCUCCUUGUCAUCCUCUUUCUUUGUCAUUCUCUUCUCCCUGCUUCUCCUCCUCUGUCUACUAGUCAUUCUCUUCUCCCUCCCUUUCUCUCGAUUUCUCAUUGUCUUCUUCCUUCUCCCCUCCCUCCCUCUCGACAUAUCAUUCUCUUCCCCGUUCCUUUUCUUUCACUUCUCCCUCUAGCAUUUCUCUUUUUUUUUUCGCGCCCGUUACUUAUCUUUCUUUUUCUUCUCUUUUCCGGAUUUAUUUUUCACGAUUUCUCUUAUUUUCUCUUUCAUAAUUUGUUCAGCAGUUCUUAA